AGGGGCCCCGAGCAGCUACGAGCUCGGCCCAGCUCCGCCCCCCGGGCUGGCAGGUGCUGAAAAGCCCCGGGGCGGACUGCUUGGGGGGUGGCGGUGCUGGGGCAUGGCUGGUGCUGGAGGGGACACCCCGCAGCGGGGGGACUGGCCUGGGAAAGCAGCGCCGAAGGCCGCCCUUCUCCCAGAGGAGCCGCCGCAGGAACAAGGGCUCAGGCGGUCAGCAGAAGAGCUCAGACAGGAAGAUAGACUCUCCGUUUGCAGCAAAUUAUGCUAUGCAAUAGGAGGUGCUCCAAACCAAGUUGCAACAAGUGCCACUGCUUUUUUUCUACAGAUCUACCUGUUAGAUAUAGCACAUAUUACUCCAUUUCAUGCCUCUUUGGUGCUGUUCAUUGGCAAAGCCUGGGGUGCAGUUACUGAUCCUGUUGCUGGCUUUUUUAUUAGCAAAAGUAAAUGGACAAAAAUUGGCCGGCUUAUGCCUUGGAUGUUGGGGUGUACGCCCUUCACGAUUGUAUCCUAUUUCUUCAUGUGGUACUUGCCUCCUUUUGUAGCGGGAAGAGUUGUGUGGUACCUGACUUUCUAUUGUCUUUUCCAAGCAUUGACCACAUUAUUCCAAGUACCGUAUUCUGCUCUCACCAUGUUUCUCAGCCCAGACCAGAAGGAGAGAGAUUCAGCAACAGCAUACCGAAUGACUGUGGAAGUGCUUGGAACCUUGAUGGGAGCUGCGCUCCACGGGCAGAUUGUGGCAAGCGCCCAUGCCUCUGAUCGCUGCGCCGUGAAUCUCACCAUAAACGCUGCCGACUCUUCCGGUUCUCUAAGCAACACGUCCAACCUUGCCGAGCCCUUGGGCCUCCAGUCCCAUGGAAGAGAAGUCUACAUGAUUGCAGCGGGAGUAAUAGGAGGAGUGUAUCUAUUCGGCAUUGUGAUCCUUUUCACUGGAGUUAAGGAGAGAGAGGAUCCUUACGCCUUAAAUUCAGACAAAGCAAUUCCUUUCUUUAAGGGACUGAGACUCACAAUGAAGCACGGUCCGUACUUGAAACUUACAGCUUCAUUUCUUCUCAUCUCAACAGCUGUUCAGCUUGAGCAGAGCAAUUUUGUCCUGUUUUGCACUCAUGCAGCCAGUCUUCACAAUCACUUCCAGUAUUUAGUGGUGACCAUCUUGGUAUCAGCAGCAGUGAGCAUUCCGUUCUGGCAGUGGUUUCUACAGCACUUUGGCAAGAAAAGUGCAGCAUGGGGGAUUUCCUGGAUGAUUCCUUUUGCGGUCAUGCUGGUUACAAUCCCAAAUCUGGUUUUGGCUUACGUGGUGGCCUUUGUCUCUGGUCUCAGUAUUGCAUCAUCUUUGCUGUUGCCAUGGUCAAUGUUGCCUGAUGUAGUUGAUCAUUUUCGCCUGCUGAAUCCUCAUGCAAAGGGACCUGAAACCAUCUUUUAUUCUUCAUAUGUCUUCUUUACUAAGAUGUCGGCCGGGGUUGGAUUAGGAAUUUCUGCAGCAAGCCUGGAGUUUGCCGGUUAUAAACCAGGGAUGUGCAGGCAAUCCAGCACUGUGAUCCUCACACUGAAAAUCCUGAUUGGGGCAGUCCCUGCUAUUCUCAUUGUUAUAGGCUUAUCCAUACUCCUCUUCUAUCCAAUCACUGAAAAAAGUCGAAAAGAAACUGAAUUUGCACUCGAGCUGUUAAGAAGGGGUCAUCGGAGCACUGACAACCUUUCCAAAAAUGAAGAGGAUACUUGGAUAUGAAAAUUCAGGGAGAAGUGUCUUUUCAAACCGAAGUCUGACCUCCGAUUCCAAAGCACUGUACUUGGGGGGGAGGAAGGAAGGGAAAGUCUUCUGAGGUAUCCCACGUAAGUUUUAUUAGAGGAUACAGGAAGCACCAGUACACAAAAGUGCAAAGAGCUCUGUUACAUUAAGGGUAAGGAUCUGAUUUAGACUAACAAAAUAGGAAGAUUCUGAGGACAGCCAAUAAGGUACCUUAAGGGGAUUAUCACAGUUCAUAAGUAUGUAAACUUCAUCCAGUGUUCUGAUGCCCUUAAAAUGGUGUUAGAAAGAUUCAGUAGGUGGCACUCUUCCCUCUAGUCAGUGCUGAACCAGAGCCCCAGCGCUGUACUGAGGAUAACCUGCUUCUGAAGAUGCUGUGUUCUGUAUGAGACAUAAAACCAAAGUCCUGCAAUCACUAAAUUUCUUUUGGAACUGUUGGCAAGAUCCAGGGGUGUUUAAACAUGGUGUCCUGGCCAAACUUUAACUCAGGAGAUUACAUUCUUCUGACCUAAAUUGUCCUUGUAGCCUCUGUUGGAUACAGGAUUCUUCAUCACUUUUUUCUAAACUGUUUGCUGCACAUUUGCUACGUGUCACUCUAGAAGUGUCUGCACUUUGGUGGCUGAUGGACGUGAUCCUUGUGUAUAGUUUGUUCAAGUUUGUAAAGCCCUUAGGGAUUCUGAGGAUGAAAUGUGCUAUAAACAUGUAAGAUUUAGUGCUCCUUUUUGAGUUCCAACAAGCCCUGGAUGCGGUUGGUAACAGAACCGCAUGUUGAAAACGUUCUCACAAAUAACUACUCCAAAUCUGAUUUUAAUGUGACUUUAUUUGGGAGCGUUAAGUCAAACUUUUAUAUUAAUAGAGGCCUACAUUUUCAAGAGUGAUUGACUAGUGGUCUGGGGUACCUCAGUUUUUGAGUGCCCUCUUGACACUUCAGAGUUCCCAGUUGUCAAAGUGUGGGUGCUCUGCCCUUUCUAAAAAUCAGGCCCACUUCAGGUAGCUCAUGUUGGAGCACCCAAAACCGCUAGUCACUUCUGGAAAUUUAGUCCCUACAGUUUUGUGUUUUAGUUGUGUGAGGCACACAUUUCCACAUACAGAAUGCUGGCCUGCAUCUAUUGAGAGCUGCAGCAGUGCUACAAAUUCUUAGCAUAUAUGUAGCAAUUUAGAAUAAUGAGCCUGGACUGGUUAUCUAGUUGGUGCCUUUUUGAGCCACGGUGCUUUAGAAGCAUUAAUCAAAGCCUCACCACACCCCUGUAAGGGGUACAUACUAUUGUGCACAUCAUUCAGGGAGAGAAACUGACCUACAGAGAUUAAGAGCUAAUUCAGCUCCCAUUGGAGUCAAUGGGAGUUGGAUUAGGCUGUAAGUGAUUUGCUCAAGGUCAUCCAGCAAUUUAGUGAUGAUACGGAGACUAGAUUCCAGGAAGCCUUUUACUGAAAGACACUGUGAAGUGAAAUUAAUGCAUUCACUGGGGUCUUUUGUUUCUUUUAGUAGUAGAAGGUUCUCAGUCCAGUUUAAAAUCUAAUGCCUGAUUUAGCGAACCAUCUCCAUUUAGUAAAGCACUUAAGCAUCUGCUUAAGUCCUAUUGACUUUAAUGAGACUUAAACACAUGGUUAAAUGCUUGUUGACUAAGGAUGGCCUUAACCACAUGUAUAAGAGUUUUGGUGAAUUGAAGCCAAAAUCUGCUUUUGGUUUAGGUCAUGGACAGCAGCGGCGCCAGGGUUUUUGGCGCCCUAGGUGGGGGUCCUCCCGCGCUCCUGGUCGUUGGUGGCAAUUCUGCAGCGGGGGGGGGGGGCCCUUCCGCACUCCCUGUCUUCGGGGAACUUCGGCGGUGAGUCCUGGAGCGAGUGAAGGACCCGCUGCAGAAUUGCUGCCGAAGACCCAGAGCGCGGCAGGACCCCCUGCCACUGAAUUGCCGUCACGGGCAGCAAAAUGCCACCUCCUCAAAUCCUGGCAUCCUAGGCGACUGCCUAGGUCGCCUAAAUGAAAGCACCGGCCCUGGUCAUGGACAAAACAGGAAGUAUCUGUAUACUGGUGGCAUUUAUCUUUGAAAGACUACAAAUCAUAAGCAGCUUUGUCAAUUUGGAGUCUGAUAGAAUUUGAAACCAAGAGAUAUUAUAUUCUAAAAUAUGAGUUUUCUGUUAUGCAAGUAAUAUUACACAGCAGCGAAACUGUAGAAAACAAACAAGUUGGAAGUGCCAAUCUAUACCUGUAGGUAAUUUUGGUGUCUUUAAAUAUUCCACUUUUAAAACAACAAAAAGUACUAGUAAAAGCCAGGUUGCCCAUUCAAUUUAACUUUUUGCAAUGCAAAUGUUACUAGCUAGAGCAAGGGCGGGCAAAAUUUUUGGCCUGAGGGCUGCAUCGGGUUUCUGAAAUUGUAUGGAGGGCUGGUUAGGGGAGGCUACUCGCCCCCUGACAGCCCUCUGGGAUUCCUGCCCCAUCCAACCCCCCCUGUUCCCUGACAGCCCCCAGAACCCCCUCCCCUGACUGCCCCCUGCCGUCCCAUCCAAGCCCUCCUCUCAUUCCUGACCCCCCCCCCAAGACCCCUGGCCCAUCCAACCACCCCUUCUCCCUGUCCCCUGAUCAGCCCUGGAACCCCUACCCCGACUGCCCCCUGCUGCCCCAUCCAAUCCCACCUCUCCUUCCUGACUGUCCCCUGGGGACCCCUGCCCCCAUUGGACCCCUGCCCCCAUUCAACCACCCUGUUCCCUGCCCUCUGACUGCCCUGACCCCCAUCCACACCCCCACCCCUGACCACCACCCCAAACUCCUCUGCCCUCUAUCCACCCUCCCUGCCCCCAUACCGCGCCACCCAGAGCACCACGACAGGCAGCCGCGCUGCCCAGCUGGAGCCAGCCAGCCACGCCACCACAAAGCACAGAGACCGGGUCAGGCUGCAGCUCUGCAGCUGUGCUGCUUCAGGAGCUCGCAGCCCCACCACCCAGAGCAUUGCACCGGUGGUGGGGCGAGGUGAGGCUGUGGGGGAGGAGGAACAACAGGGAUGGGGCUGGGGGCUAGUCUCCUGGGGCAGGAGCUAAGGGGCCAGGCAGAAGGGUCCUGUGCCCACCUCUGAGCUAGAGAGCUAGCUCCUCAGUUGCUAUAAAUCCAUAGUUUCAGGUCAAUGGAACUACAUCCAUUUAUACAAGCUAAGGACCUAGCUUGGUGGGGUUUUUAAUAAAAGGGUAGCUGAAACUGCAGACAGUGUUUGAUUAGACAUUUUUAAGGUUGCAUCUCUGUCAUGGAGAUUAUGGAUUCCGUGACCUCCAUGACUUCUGCAGCAACCAAUGUGGCUGGCUCCAGGGCUGCCUGAGGAGAUCAGGCAUCCCCUGGGAUGCUGGGACAGUUUGGGUAUGGGAGGGGGCUCAGGGCUGGGCAGGGGGUUGGAGUGUGGGGCAGUGCUUACCUUGGGGGGAAGGAGGGUGGGCCAGCACAUCCCUGCAGCUCCUAGGCAGAGGGGCCAGAGGGCUCCAUGCGCUGCCCACACUCAGUCACUGCCCCCGCAGCUCCCGGCCAAUGAGUCCUGGGCCUUGCGCCACCCCCCCCCCCACAUCUCCUGCCAACACCAGCAGGGGACCCGGGCUGAGUGCUGCCACCUGGCCUUCCCCCCCAGCACCAGAGGGGGUCCCGGGCCAUGAACUGCCACCCACCUUGCCCCCAGCACCAGUGUGGGG